AUGGCCCAAGAAGAACUUGAUUUCACAUUUCAAGAUGAUCUAUUUAUGCUCACAACCUCCAUUUAUAAGGAAAAUACUUGCACUAAAAGCCUUAACAAUCAACGUAUAGGAAGCUACCUGCGUCACUGCAUACCUGUGGUGCUUGAGCAGCAACAUGAGGGAGACAUCUCUAUUGUAAAAGGGCUCCGUAGCCAUUUCUGCUCAGCUAGCAAAGGUUCAGUCCUUUCUGCUCAUCACUCAAACAUUGACCGAAUGUGGACGAAACAAAAAAUAAUGCUUCGCCCAUAUCCGGUCAAUGUUCGACCCAAAUUUGCGAAUUUUGCAGUUCAGAAAUUUUCCUAUGUCAGGUUGCACAUGAAGGAAUAG